ACGAAGUUUGCGUAAAUACAAAGCUCCCCAACCAUGGCUCAAACCCAACUACCUGUGCUCUCAAGAUGCCCUUCGUCGAGAACUGGUAUACUGAAUCAUGCCCAAGGCCUACUACAAGCCUUCAAGGCCUUUGACGCAGACGGAGAUGGCCUCAUCUCAGCUCCGGAGCUGGGGGGUAUGAUGGAGUCACUUGGUUAUGAUUCAAGUAAGCAUAUGGCAGAAGAAAUCAUGAAGCAAGGGGACCAAAACAAGGAUGGGUUGCUCAGCCUUGAGGAGUUCAUGGAGUUGAACAUGAAGCAUGUUGACAUAGGGGACUUGGGGGAUAUUUUAAACGAAGCUUUGGAUAUGUUGGAUUCACAUGGAAAUGAAGUGGUGAGUGAGGAGGAGCUAUGUGAGAUUCUUGAAGGUAUUGGAGAGGGGUUGACACCAAAGGAGUGCCAAGAGCUCAUACAGGCUAUGGAUGAUGGAGAUGGUGUGGUGAGCAUUGAGAAAUUGAAGUUCCUAGUUGGUUCAUUAAUCUGAAGACAGUAGUUUUGAUGGCAACAUAAUCUAAUAAAAAUUACCAUAUAGCUUUGCUCCUUGAUCUAGUUUAUGUUUAGAUAGAUGAUCAUGACAGAAUAAUAUCAUGGGGUUUAGUUGGUUUGCAAAA